AGGAACGAGGAGAGUUGUAACAAUGGUGGUUGUUCUGCUAUCGAUGCUUGCGCUAGUUUUAGCACAAAUUGAACCUGAUCCCUCAGCUUAUCCGGACGAGCCAGCACCCAUACUACUCCCUCCUAUGACUCCCUCCUAUGGUCCUGACUCUGAUACAAAGUGUUCUGCUGAGUGUUUUCUUGCUAAAAAAUUUCCAAAGCAUUACGCGGCUUGUUUAGACCAUUGCAAGAUAAAGCUACAGUACUGCAAAGUCUAUCCUGCAGAUCUCUCCUAUUCUAUCUUCAAGUGCACCGUCACUUGUGUUGACUCCACAUCCACCAAGCUUGCAGUGGCCGCCGAUAAAGUGAAUGAUGAAGAUCAGGUGGAAGCUUGCUACAAUAGCUGCAAGAAGAAUGUUUAAUAUUUAGAAUGUCCCAUACAUAUCGCCUUGUAAUAAAACAAAAAGAAACAAUUAAUGAGAUGCAAUAUAUGCAUCCAAUUAUUAUAUAAAUCCGAACUAAUGCUUGAUCAA